UGAGCCAUUCAAAGUGGAGAGAGAGAGCCCAGAACCCUCCAAAGGUCGAAUCUCCAUGGCGAAAACGCGUUCACCUGCAGUUUGAGAUAGAGAGAAGAGGGGAACGAAACAUGAACAGGAAAGUCAUCGUCGCCAAAAGCUUUAAACUCCAUCGCCAAACUACUUCUCUUUCCCUUUCAAGAUCCCAAUCUCGACUCACAAAAGUCCAUCUGGAGUAUCCUCUCUUCUCCCAAAACUGAAGUUUCCUCACUUUUUAGUACCCAAUUUUUAAUGGGUACUCUGCUGUUUCCUUCUCUCCCUCUCUCUAUCAUUAUCUAACCAGGUCCUGCAGAAAACCAGCCACCAUUAAUGGAUUUCAUCGAGCUUGAGGCCAUCGAAGGUCUUAGGUGGUCAUGGAACACUUGGCCAACAACCCCAUCUGAAGCUUCUUCGCUUGUGAUCCCUUUGAGCAUCAUGUGCACGCCAUUGAUGCAAUUACAGGACACCCCACUUCUCCCUUAUCACCCUCUUGCGUGUAAACAAUGCAGAGCUAUACUCAACCCUUAUGCUCGGGUUGAGUACCAAACCAGAGUCUGGUAUUGCCCCUUCUGUUUCUCUAGGAACCCAUUUCCCAGUUCUUAUGUUGGUAUCUCAGAGACAAAUUUACCAGCUGAGCUUUUCCCCACUUAUAGCACAGUUGAAUAUGUUCUCAGUUCAGGAAAACCUACACAACCAACUUCUUCCUCUUCUUCGAUUUCUGCUUCUUCCUCGUCCUCUUCUUUAGGUUUGGGCUCCGAUUCAAGUGUGAGAUUUGGGGGACCUGGGUUUGUGUUUGUUGUGGAUACUUGCAUGGAAGAAGAGGAAUUUGGGGUUUUGAAGAAGGAGAUUUUGAGGUUAUUGACACGAUUGCCUGAGAAUGCUAUGGUGGGUUUGAUCACUUUUGGGUCGAUGGUUUUUGUUCACGAUUUGGGGUAUGGAGCGUGUUUGAGAGCUGUGGUGCUUCGUGGCGACAGGGAUGUUUCUCCACAGAAAAUCCAAGAGCUCCUAGGCAUAUCGCAUCUCCAUCAUCGCCACUUCGGCAAGGCACAUAUUCACCGACAAGGCUAUCUCCUCCCCAUCUCAGAUUGCGAGUUUAAUUUUACUGCUGCCCUUGAAGGCAUCUCUGUUUCCGUUCCUCCCAUGCCUGGCCAUAGACCCCAACGCUCCACUGGUGCUGCAAUAGCUGUAGCUACUACCCUUUUAGAAGCUUGCCUUCCAAACACAGGAGUGCAAAUCAUGACUUUCCUCUCAGGUCCUACAACUGUGGGCCCUGCCAUGGUUGUUGAGACUGAUCUCACAAAGAGCAUCCGGACCCACCAAGACCUGCUCUCUGAUAGAGCCCCUCACUACAAGAAAGCUUGCAAUUUCUACAGCCACUUAGCUCAAAGGCUAUCAGAUUCCUCUCUCUCUCUAGAUGUGUUCGCCUGCUCUCUAGACCAGGUGGGGACCGCUGAGCUCAAACCAUCGGUUGAGAGCUCAGGAGGCCUGAUGGUCCUUGCUGAGUCUUUUGGUUCCGAUCAGUUUAAGAAGUGUUUGCACCGGCUCUUUGAACUAGACCACCACGACAUGAACUUCAAUGCAACAAUUGAUGUGGUAACCACAAAAGAGGUGAAGAUAUGUGGGGCUUUAGGGCCCUGUGUCUCUCUCAGAAGGAAGAACAGCUUGGUGAGUGAGAAAGAGAUAGGGAAAGGUGGGACUUGUGCAUGGAAACUUAGCACGAUCCAUAGCAAGACAUGUAUAGCCUUCUUUUUUGAAGUGGGGGGUGAGCCCAAAGCCCAACCAGGCUCUGCUUUUCUCAUUCAGUUUCAAACGAGAUAUCGAAAUGGAAAUGGAGAGACCCGGCUUCGUGUAACCACUUGUGCAAGAAGGUGGGUUGAUAAGGCACGGUUCCAAGAGAUUGCCGAAGGUUUUGAUCAGGAGGCUGCAGCUUCAGUCAUGGCUAGGCUCGCAAUUCACAAGGCUGAACAAUCAUGUGCCGAUAACGCGCUUCGGUGGCUUGACAAAACCCUCAUCCGUUUCGCUGCAAAGUUUGGGGACUAUGUGAAGGAGGACCCAUCCACAUUUCGUCUCUCAUCAACUUUCUCUCUCUACCCCCAAUUCAUGUUCUAUCUGCGAAGGUCUCAGUUCUUAGAUGUUUUUAACAAUACCCCAGAUGAGACAGCCUUCUUUCGGUUGGUUUUGAACCGAGAAGGGGUGGUGGGCUCACUUGUUAUGAUCCAACCAACUCUUUUUAGAUAUUCGUUCGAUGGGCCCCCAGUUCCAGUUUUACUCGACGUUAAAUCGAUUUCACUAGAUUGUAUCUUACUAUUUGAUUCAUUUUUCCAUGUGGUGGUUCAUUUUGGGUCCAACUUUGCCCAGUGGAGGAAGCUUGGGUAUCUUGAGUACCCGAACUAUGAGAACUUGAGGAAACUCAUGGAGGCUCCGGUUCAAGAUGCUGAGGCCCUGAUUGCAGAGAGAAUUCCGGUUCCUAAGCUUGUGGUAUGUGAUCAACAUGGAAGCCAGGCUCGGUUUUUGCUUGCAAAACUGAACCCCUCAAUUACUCAGAAGACGGAAUGGGUUGAUACGAGCUCAACUGAGAUGAUAUUCACAGAUGAUCCAAGUUUGCAAGAUUUUAUGAAGCAUUUACAGGAGUUGGCUGUUCAGUCCUGAUGUGGGUUUUUUGGUUCCGGGCCUUUUUGUGUGGGUCUCUCUCUCUCCCCAUCGCCCCCCAAAAAAAGUAGUGUGGAAUCAUGUAUUGCGAGUGUAUGAUACGAGUGUGAUAUCUCAAUAUGUAUCAAAGCUGCUAGAGAUUUGUGUACAAAAAGUAUUGUGAGCUCUCAGUAUGGCCGUGUUUUUUAGGCCGAAUGAGAUAAUUGGAUGAGGCUUGUUCAUAUGCUAGGAGCAGCUUUGUCGAUUUUUCUUUUGAAGUUAUAUAUGUUUAUUGUUAGGUAUCUUUUGCUUAAUGGAUCUGAUUGUCUGGGA